AUGAAUCUUAAUGCAGAACAAAUAAAAGCCAUCGAAAUAAGCUGCAUUGGACAUAAUCUUUUAAUUUUAGGGACCGCAGGCACUGGGAAAACCCACGUCAUUAAACAUAUUGUCGAAACUCUAAAAAGUAAGGGAAAAAAUGUGUCGGUAACAGCAACAACGGGGAUAGCAUGUUGUUUGCAUGCAAAUGCAACAACAAUACACAGGUGGUCAGGUAUUGGGGACGGCAGGUAUGGGGUGAACGAUAUUGCCAAUAUUGUGAAGCAUAAUGCCCAGUACUUAGAUGUGAGAAAAAGAAUAUUAGAAACUGAUGUACUUGUAAUUGACGAGUGUUCAAUGUUAAGUAGAAAAUUAUUUGACUCUCUCAAUGAAGUCUGUAAAAUGAAAAACCCUGAACUUUUAUUUGGAGGAAUUCAGCUGAUUCUCUGUGGUGAUUUUACACAGUUACCACCAGUACCAAACUACUUAUAUGCUGAAUCUGGGGGAUUUUGCUUUAAAAGUGAACUGUUUAGCAGAUUAUUAACUCACAGAGUUGUGCUCACACAAAUGAAUCGACAAUCAGACCCACAACUUAUCAAAGCUAUCCAUGAGGUAUCAGUUGGAACAAUAACAAAUGAAACAGAAAAGUUCCUAACCAGUUUAAACAGAAGUAUCCCUGCAAGAACAGAUACCAUCAAGCUUUUUACUAGAAACGACCAAGUAGACACAUACAACAGAAAAAAAAUUGAAGAUUUUCCCGGUGCAAUGUAUGAAUUUGUGUCCGAAGAUAAUGGUGAUAGAAAACAUUUAAAUCAAAUGCUAGCUCCAAAAACAUUGUGGCUUAAAAAGGGUGCACCUAUUAUCCUAAUUCGAAACUUAACAGGUAAACUUGUUAAUGGGCUACAAGGAACUGUUCAUGACAUCACAGAAAAUGGACUAAUUAUAGACUUUCCUUCAUGCAAGCUUAAAGUUCCUAUUGAAAAGAUGAAAUUUUCCGUAUUCAGUCCAAGGAAGAACUGUGAUGUUGCCACCAGAGUGCAGUACCCAGUCAAACUAAGUUUUGCAAUUAGUAUACAUAAGUCGCAGGGACUGACUCUAGAAAGUGUGGCGAUUGAUUGUCACCAGAUUUUCAAGCCAGGACAACUAGGCGUAGCUAUUGGACGUGUCAGAAGUUCACAGAACUUACAAGUUAUAAACUUUAAUAUGAAGAAAUGUGUCAUCCCUCAACCACCAGAUGUCAUUAACUUCCUGGGUGAGGAGUCUGGGGUGCUACAUGAUGACAGAAGUUGUUGCUGCGGUCAAGAAACUAGGUAA